CCUCGUCCACCCCAUGAUGCGCGGAGGCUCCGCGCAUCAACACGGAGGCACAAAAUAGAAAUCGUCGCCUGCGGAAGCCGAGGAGCGGCGUGCGACCUGCGUCAGCCACGACUGACAAGAGGUGACCCACAGCCUUAUAAAUCACAUAUACGAGCGCGCUCCGCAAACAGCAAAGCAACUCCAUAGAAAGGCAGUGAAAGUGAACAGGGCAAGAGCCUGAAAAAACUAGCAGUGGGUGAAAUAAGCCUGAAACCGUAGGGAUGCGGUCGCCACGGCUAGGAGAACUAGAAAGAAGAUGGCCAGGGCUGGAAAGAGUGGAGGACGAGGAGGAGGUUGAGAAGGAACGAGGACCGCGAAGCGCGACUGACUUCGCGCCCUGGAGGGGCGGCCUCGAGAAAGGGAACGAAGAAUGGCAUAAACAAAAAAAAACUCGGAGGCCCGCGCGGACUUCUCGCAUUGGCGCUGGAGCCCCCGCGCCUCGCCGCUCCGGAGGCUGGACGCAGCGGUGCGAGAGCCAUCCGCGCCCAGGCCCCCUGGGCGGUCCGCCUCGCUGCCAGGAGGCGAUCGGGGGCGGACGGGCAUGGCAAAAGGGCUGUGUGGUGAAACACUACCCGGUGUAGCGUGUAGCGCAGCAGGAAGGGCUGUGGUGAAACACUAUCAGGAGUAGCGCGGCAGACGACGACGACGACGAAGACUAGGACGAAGAUGACGGCAAAGAAAGGGCUCUGCGAAGUCGCAGGAGCAGGAGGAACAGGAGAAGGAGCAGGAUGAGGAGGAGGAGGAGGAGGAGCAGGAGGAGGAGCAGCAGCAGGAGGAGGAGGAGCCAAGCGCUGCAGCGAGCUGUCCGCCUCGUGGGGGCUGCCCUGAUGGCGCCUCGUGGGCCCCCCCCCCGAAAUCCUGGGGGCACCUUGGGAGCGGAGGGCGCCUCUGGCGACGCCCGCAUCGUGCACCGAGCCUUCCGCGGCCAGGCGCAGGGCCACAGCGGGCCCUCCCGCUCUUCGUGCCCUUUC